UUCCAAGUCACCGAGCUAGUAGAAUAAAAUGAGUUUAGUGGCCCGAUUUCGAUGGAUUAAUUUGACAACUGAUGUGAUUGUUCAACACACCUAAAGUCCCUGAUCACUUUAGGCCAAUCUUGAAUUAUAACAUCCCCAAUCAUCUUGGUGUCAACAGCUGGUUCGGUCACUCCAAGUGCCGACCAAUGACAUCAAGCGUUCUUAGCUAUCUUGGUUGAUGGAAGAAAAAAAAAAAAAUUCAGCCGCCAUGACGCUUGUUUGCUCUCGAGUGAAGUAGAAACAAAAGGGAGCACGCACUCGUCCUCACUGCUUGGUAUGCGUUAGCACUACAGGAAUGCCCAAGGAAAAGUAUGACCCGCCAGACCCCCGGCGAAUGUAUACAAUCAUGUCUACCGAGGAUGCAGCCAACGGGAAGAAGUCUUACUGGGGAGAGCUGGAAAUCAGCGGUAAAGUCCGCAGCCUGAGUACGGCUCUGUGGUCCCUGACGCACCUCACUGUUCUGCACCUCAGUGACAACUCCCUGUCUCGCAUCCCCCCCGACAUCGCCAAGCUCCACAACCUGGUCUACCUGGACCUCUCUUCCAACAAGAUCAGGAGCUUGCCAGCAGAGCUCGGCAACAUGGUGUCUCUCAGGGAACUGCUUUUAAAUAACAACCAGUUGCGUGUUCUGCCGUUGGAACUGGGGAAACUGUUUCAGUUACAAACACUGGGGUUGAAAGGAAACCCACUAGCACAAGAGGUCAUGAGUCUGUACCAGGAGCCAGACGGAACCAGGAGACUCCUCAACUACCUGCUGGACAACCUGGCAGGAGCCCUCAAACACAUGCCCACGGAGCAGCCGCCUCCCAGGUCCUGGAUCUCCAUUCAGGAUCCCGACAGAACGCGGCCUUCAGCUCUGUUCUCGGUGAUGUGCUACAACGUGCUGUGUGAUAAGUACGCCACGCGGCAGCUCUACGGCUACUGCCCGUCCUGGGCUCUCAGCUGGGACUACAGGAAGAAGAGCAUCAUGCAGGAGAUCAUGAGCUGCAACGCUGACAUCAUCAGUCUCCAGGAAGUGGAGACGGAGCAGUACUAUAACUACUUCCUGCCUGAGCUGAAGGAAGAGGGCUAUGAGGGCUUCUUCAGCCCCAAGUCCCGGGCCAGGACCAUGUCCGAGUCGGACCGCAAACACGUCGACGGCUGCGCCAUCUUCUACAAGACGGAGAAGUUCAGUCUGGUCCAGAAGCACACAGUGGAGUUUAACCAGCUGGCCAUGGCUAACUCUGAGGGCUCGGAGGCCAUGCUGAACAGGGUGAUGACCAAGGACAACAUCGGGGUGGCCGUGCUGCUGGAGGUCCACAAGGAGAUGAUGGAGCAGAGUGCAGGGAAGUCCCUCCAUGGCAUGGAGAAACAGCUCCUCCUGGUGGCUAACGCCCACAUGCACUGGGACCCGGAAUACUCGGACGUGAAGCUGGUCCAGACCAUGAUGUUCCUGUCUGAGGUCAAGAACAUCGUGGACAAGGCCACGCGCUCCCUCAAGCUCUCCUCCGUCUCCGGGGAAACCAACGGCGUCCCGCUGGUGCUGUGUGCAGACCUCAACUCCCUCCCCGACUCAGGUGUGGUAGAGUACCUGAGUACAGGGGGGGUGGACAGCACCCAUAAGGACUUUAAGGAGCUGCUCUACAUCGACAGCCUGACCAACUUCAACUGUAACGGCAAGAAUGGCUCGUCUAAUGGCAGGAUCACGCAUGGCUUCAAGCUGAAGAGCGCCUACGAGAACGGCAUGAUGCCGUACACCAACUACACAUUCGACUUCAAAGGGGUGAUUGACUACGUGUUCUACUCCCGGCCUCAGCUCAACGUCCUGGGGGUGCUGGGGCCCCUGGACCCCUCGUGGCUCCUGGACAGUGGGGUGAGGGGCUGCCCCCACCCCCACAUCCCCUCUGACCACUUCUCCCUGCUCGUCCAGCUGGAGCUGCUGCUGCCCCCCCCGGCCCCCCAACUCAACGGCCUGCACCUGCCUGGACGCAGGUAGUGGCCCCCCCCCUCACCGCCCCCCGCAGAGGAGGCGUCACGACAACAAGCCGUCUGCAGAAUCAGGCAGGCCAGACGGACAGGGAUUUCCUAUCUGAUAAUAGAUAUAUAUUUUUUUCUUUCUUUCGGUAUUGUUUUCUUGAUUUUUGUAAUGCUAAAGUCAAUCUUGUUCAUUGUGUAAAUAAUCCUGUCUAAGAGCCCCUCCCCUUCCACACCUCUUAGGCUUGGAUGAUGGCUAGUCCCUCCCCCCCAGACCUGUCUGUCUGUCCUGUACAAAUCUCAAACCAGCAAAGACGACAGACCUGUCUGACUGGCCUCAUCCCCCCCUCUCCUCCCUUCCGCCGGCCUCAUCCUCCACUCCCCCAGCCUCAUCCUCCCCUCCCCCAGCCUCAUCCCUCCCCCAGCCUCAUCCUCCACUCCCCCAGCCGCAUCCCUCCUCUACCAGCCUCAUCCCUCUCUCCUCCCCUCCCCCAGCCUCAUCCCUCUCUCCUCCCCUCUCCACGGGGCAUUGUUGGUGGCGGAGCCUCCAGAAGGUACUCACUCCAGCUUCUGUGGCCUUCCCUCUAGUGGUCAGAGGUCAUUCUGGUGCUGAGGUCAUCAUGACCCCCGGUGCUACUACUGAAACAGCAACAAUACUGGAGGCUGGCACCAUACACACCCAGGGUAGGGACAGCCUAUCUUGGGCUCUCCUUGAGUUGGUGACUUAACAGUGGGAGGGUGAUGGCUGGCACACACGGGAGUAUGUCCUGAGUCAGCAUUUCUCUCACACACACACACACACACACGGGCAGGCCUGUAGCAGUCUUCAAGGCCAGUAUCCUGGACACCCUGUGUGGGCGUGUCCACAGUGUUUGUACAGCAUUUAGAACCUCGACGUUCAGUCUUUACAUGAUUGUAUAUGAACCACAUGAAAAAAAUGUUUUCUGCUGUUUUGUACUAAAGAGUAAAUUAUGAUCAGAUUUGAAGUAUAAAAAAAGAGAAUUUCUAGAAAGAUUGUAUUGUAAACUAUGGCAACAUUUUUAUCCAGGUAAAUGUUGAGAUGAAUAGGUUGCCAGCGACAGCGGAGAGAGGAGACGAUCCAGGCUUCACCUGAACUCCCCUUCACCUGAAUCCCCCAUGAACCGUUGAACAUUGUAAAUAGAUGCAUUAUCAAGCCAUUGACUCUCAUUAUUGCCAUGACAACACCCCUAAAUACAGCUCUGUUUGUUGUGACCCCAGGAUUCCCCCCACACACACAACCUGGUUCUGUGUGGGGUGGGGGGUACCCCUCCCCAAGUAGGAUUAGGUAUAACCCCAACAGUAGUCUCAACCCCAUCCCAAUUCUCCAUCCAGAAUCACCCCAUCCCCUUUCUCCAUCCAGAAUCACCCCAUCCCCUUUCUCCAUCCAGAUUCAGAAUACCUUUUUUGUUGUUGAAUAUUAUAGAACACCAACACUGAACCUGUUGUCUUGCACUUUCUCCACCUUGGUAUCGCCUUUCGCCUGGACAGUCUCUUCUCCUUUGGUUUUUAAAAACGUACUUGUGAAUAUUUUAUGUCCUUUCUGGGUUAUUAAUGAUUUCAUUGUUGGGUCUGUAAACUGUGAUGAUGUUUUGAUGGUUUGUUUAGUAGUCAACUGUCUCUCUACCCCCUGACUGUCUCUCUAACCCCUCAGUCUCUCUACCCCCUCACAGUCUCUCUACCCCCUGACAGCCUGCACCCCCCUGACAGCCUCUCUAACCCUUGACACAGGUCAGUCUAUGUCUCUGCUGAGUUUCCACUUGGACCAAAACAUGGUGUCACCGCAGUGUAUCUAUACAGACGGAGGUAUUUAUGGUAACCCCACACACACACACACACACACACACACACACACACACACACCAUUAGUAUAAUUACAGAAAACAUCUGAUCACCUUUUUAAACCAAUUCGUUUUAUGAGAUUUUACAAAGCAAAUCCCCAGAUUUAGUUUCCUUCUGUGUAGUGUCAGCCCUUUACGGAUCACCUUGUUUUAUACCAAUGUGUCCAUUUAGACUAUUCUGAAUUGCUUAUAUUAUUGUAGUUUAAAGAUUAGCUUUUUUUUGUAAAGUGUGAAUAAAAAGUGUAUCUUGUU